AUGGCUGCCCCGCGGCUCGCCGCCCAGCUCUGGCUGGCCACAGGUCACGCCGACGCGCUCAGGGCUUCCCCCAGCCCGAACAUCUCCUUUGCCAAACAAAUGAACACUCAGCAGCCGCGCGGGGCCACAGGGCUCUUCGUUACAUCUCCCCUGGUUUGGUUUCAGAACCGAAGAGCCAAGUGGCGGAAGCGGGAGAAGUGCUGGGGCCGGAGCAGCGUGAUGGCCGAAUACGGCCUCUAUGGGGCCAUGGUGAGGCACUCCAUCCCUCUGCCUGAGUCCAUCAUCAACUCUGCCAAGAGCGGGCUGGUGGGAUCCUGCGCCCCAUGGCUGCUGGGCAUGCACAAAAAGUCCAUGGAGGUGAGCAGGAAGGCGGAGAGCCAAGAGAAGUUGGCAGAUGGCUGGCGAGCGGAGCAGGAGGAGGAGGAACUCAAAGGGAAGCAGGCCAGUUCCCAGAGGGGCUCUGACAAGCUUGGCCCUGCAAAAGAUUCGGAGGACACAGCCAUUGACCUCUCCAGGACAGCCAAGCACGAGAAGAGGGGUGUACUGAGGCAGUGCAUCAACGGGGACCCCCCCACGGAGCAGAAGGACAGGGACCACUGA